AUGGCUACCGUUGCCGCUACCUUUUCGAACCUCACAUUUUCCUCGGGUAGAAGUGAUGAAGGUUCUGGUGGAAGCGGAGGAGGAGGUGGAAAUGGCGGUUUUGGAGGUGGCGGUGGCGGUGGUGACAGGAGAGGGGAGGAUGAUGCCUGGUCUGGAAACUGUGCCGAUGCAAUGCUUGCUUUAGCAGAAGCAGGGAGGUCAUUGGACAGCUUGCCAAAGGAUUUGGCAGCAGCAAUUGAAGCCGGGAUGGUUCCUGGAUCAAUUAUUGCUGCAGAGCAGGAGAAGCGAAAAGAGAAGUUCACUAAAGAGUUGGAUUUUGUAUGCGCUGAUGUGGUAAUGGCUCUAAUCGCAGAUUUUAUGCUUGUUUGGCUUCCUGCUCCAACGGUUUCACUGAGACCACCUCUUGCAGUCAGUGUGGGACCUCUGGCCAAGUUCUUAAACAGCUACCCUGACAAUGCAUUUCAAGUUAUUGAUUGA